AUGUUUCCCAUUUUGAAGAGAAAAAAUAUAGAAUUAAGUGAUACAGGGGAAGACACUCCUGAAAUAGAUUUAUUAAUAGGAGCAGAUUACCUUGGUGUAUUGCUGACGGGAUCAAUUGAACACAUUGAUAAAAAUUUAGUAGCCAUAAAAACAAAACUCGGAUGGACAGUUCAAGGUAAACAAACGAAACAGUCAAAAUCUUUGGAGAAUAUUAUUUAUGUUGCCAAUUUAGAUUUGACGGAAUUAUGGAGUCUAGAUGCCAUCGGUAUACGAGAUCCUGUAGAAAUUAAAUCAAGGCAAGUAGCCGAUGAAGAAACAGUUGAAUUUUUCCGUAAAACUAUUAAGAGAAAUGAAGACAAGAGAUAUGAAGUAUGUUUGCCGUGGAAAAGUGGAUAUCCAGAGUUAGAAAGCAACAAAGAAUUAGCCACUAAGCGUUUGAUGUCAACUACAAAAAAUCUUAUUCGAUCAGAACAUUUAAGUGAAUAUGAUGAUGUGUUUAAUGAGUGGAUUCGAGAGGGAAUUAUCGAAAUUGUAAAUGAAGAUAAGAAUAAAGGACAUUAUUUACCUCAUCAUCCUGUAAUAAAGACUGGAGAUACAACUACAAAGAUUCGCCCUUUUUCGAUGCCUCAGCAAAAGACUCUAAAAGAAAUUGCUUGA